ACCGUAUGCUUUCAUUUCUUUAACGUCGUUAACUUUUAGGUUUAAAGAUAAACAAUCACGCGAACGUACCUGUUUUUACAUUUUGAUCGAGUUAUCAGUUGUUUUUGACGCAGAUUGUGAGGGUGGUCAUCCCUGUUUGAGGAAAAAUGAGCGUAGAGGCGUAUGGCCCGAGCUCGCAGACUCUCACCUUCCUGGACACCGAGGAAGCGGAGUUGCUUGGAGCUGAUACCCAGGGCUCGGAGUUUGAAUUCACCGAUUUCACUCUGCCGAGCCAGACCCAAACACAAGGCCAAACGCAGAGUCAGCUGGAUAACCAGGUGAAUGGUCCUGAUGGAGUUUUGCAGAACGGUGAGGAUGCUGUUGUGAAAACUAGUCAACUCCUGGCUGAGCUGAAUUUCGAGGAAGAUGAGGAAGACACGUACUAUACUAAGGAUCUCCCUGUGCAUGCCUGCAGCUACUGUGGCAUCCAUGAUCCCGCCUGUGUGGUGUAUUGCAACACCAGUAAGAAAUGGUUCUGCAAUGGACGUGGGAACACAUCUGGCAGUCAUAUUGUGAACCACUUGGUGAGGGCAAAGUGUAAAGAGGUGACUCUACAUAAAGAUGGCCCACUGGGGGAGACAGUACUGGAGUGCUACAACUGUGGCUGUCGUAACGUCUUCCUCUUAGGUUUCAUCCCAGCCAAGGCAGAUUCUGUGGUUGUGCUUCUUUGCAGGCAGCCAUGUGCAAGCCAGAGCAGUCUGAAGGAUAUAAACUGGGACAGUUCCCAGUGGCAGCCUCUGAUCCAAGACCGCUGCUUCCUGUCUUGGCUUGUGAAGAUUCCCUCUGAGCAGGAGCAGCUCAGAGCCAGGCAGAUUACUGCCCAGCAGAUCAACAAGCUGGAGGAGCUCUGGAAGGAAAAUCCCACGGCCACACUGGAGGACCUGGAGAAACCUGGAGUAGAUGAGGAACCGCAACACGUGCUGCUGCGUUAUGAGGAUGCGUACCAGUACCAGAACAUCUUCGGCCCUCUCGUUAAACUGGAGGCAGAUUACGACAAGAAACUCAAAGAGUCCCAGACCCAAGAUAAUAUAACAGUCAGGUGGGACUUGGGGCUGAAUAAAAAGAGGAUUGCUUAUUUCACCCUUCCCAAGACGGAUUCAGGUGACAUGCGUCUGAUGCAGGGGGAUGAGAUCUGUCUGCGCUAUAAGGGAGACAUGGCCCCUCUGUGGAAGGGGAUUGGACAUGUCAUCAAGGUCCCAGACAACUAUGGAGACGAGAUCGCGAUUGAGCUGAGGAGCAGUGCUGGAGCACCUGUGGAGGUACCCCACAACUUCCAGGUUGACUUUGUGUGGAAGUCCACCUCCUUUGACCGAAUGCAGAGUGCCCUGAAGACCUUUGCAGUGGACGAGACAUCAGUCUCUGGCUACAUCUACCACAAGCUGCUGGGUCAUGAAGUGGAGGAUGUCAUCAUUAAGUGCCAGCUGCCCAAACGCUUUACUGCCCAGGGCCUGCCCGACCUCAACCACUCACAGGUGUACGCUGUGAAGACGGUGCUGCAGCGUCCCCUCAGUCUGAUCCAGGGCCCCCCAGGCACUGGGAAAACUGUCACCUCAGCAACCAUUGUCUAUCACCUCGCUCGACAGGGCAAUGGCCCAGUGUUGGUGUGUGCUCCAAGCAACAUUGCUGUGGACCAGUUAACGGAGAAGAUCCAUCAGACCGGGCUGAAGGUGGUGCGUCUGUGUGCAAAAAGCCGCGAGGCCAUAGACUCCCCUGUGUCCUUUUUGGCCUUACACAAUCAGAUCCGCAACAUGGACAGUAUGCCUGAACUGCAGAAGCUGCAGCAGCUGAAGGAUGAGACUGGGGAACUGUCCUCCUCUGACGAGAAACGUUACCGGGCCCUGAAACGCACCGCUGAGCGAGAACUGCUCAUGAAUGCGGAUGUGAUUUGCUGCACCUGUGUGGGAGCAGGUGACCCUCGUCUUGCGAAGAUGCAGUUCCGCUCCAUCCUCAUUGAUGAGAGCACCCAGGCCACUGAGCCUGAGUGCAUGGUGCCAGUGGUACUGGGAGCCAAGCAGCUGAUCCUGGUGGGUGACCAUUGCCAGCUGGGUCCAGUGGUCAUGUGUAAGAAGGCGGCCAAAGCGGGCCUGUCCCAGUCUCUGUUUGAGCGUCUGGUGGUUCUGGGAAUCCGGCCCAUCCGUCUGCAGGUGCAGUACCGCAUGCACCCCGCACUCAGCGCCUUCCCCUCCAAUAUCUUCUACGAGGGAUCGCUCCAGAACGGAGUCACGGCAGCUGACCGCAUUAAGAAAGGUUUUGACUUCCAGUGGCCACAGCCAGACAAGCCCAUGUUUUUCUAUGUGACCCAGGGUCAGGAGGAGAUCGCCAGCUCAGGAACGUCCUAUCUGAACAGGACUGAAGCAGCUAAUGUGGAGAAGAUCACGACCAGGCUCCUUAAAGCUGGCGCCAAGCCUGACCAGAUUGGCAUCAUCACCCCAUACGAAGGCCAGCGUUCGUACUUAGUGCAGUACAUGCAGUUCAGUGGCUCCCUCCACACCAAACUCUACCAGGAGGUGGAAAUUGCCAGUGUGGAUGCAUUCCAGGGCAGAGAGAAAGACUUCAUCAUCCUGUCCUGCGUGCGUGCUAACGAACACCAGGGUAUUGGAUUCCUCAAUGACCCACGCCGUCUCAACGUGGCUCUCACUCGUGCCAGGUAUGGUGUCAUUAUCGUGGGAAACCCUAAGGCUCUAUCCAAGCAGCCCCUGUGGAAUCACCUGCUGAAUUACUACAAGGAGCAGAAGGUCUUGGUAGAAGGACCUCUGAACAACCUGAGAGAGAGCCUAAUGCAGUUCAGCAAGCCUCGCAAACUUGUCAACACCAUCAACCCGGGAGCUCGCUUCAUGAGCACUGCCAUGUACGACGCCAGAGAGGCCAUGAUCCCUGGUUCUGUGUACGACCGCAGCAACACCGGCCGCCCCUCAAACAUGUACUUCCAGACCCAUGACCAGAUUGGGAUGAUUGGCACCGGGCCUAAUCCAAUGGCCUCCAUGAACAUCCCCAUCCCCUUCAACUUGGUCAUGCCACCCAUGCCCCCACCCAGCUAUCUGGGCCAGGUCAACGGCCCUGCGGCAGGGCGUGGAGCUCCAAAAGGGAAGACUGGGGGUCGUGGAGGUCGCCAGAGGAACCGUGGUGUGGGUAACCAUGGCAGCAGCCAGGCCAACAUGCCAAGCAGCCAGGCCAGUCAGGACCUGGUGUCCCAGCCCUUCUCUCAGGGCCCUCUGACCCAGGGUUACAUCACCAUGAGUCAGCCCUCACAGAUGAGUCAGCCUGGCCUGUCCCAGCCUGAACUUUCUCAGGAUAGCUACCUGGGUGAUGAGUUCAAGUCUCAGAUGGAUGUGGCGCUCUCCCAGGAUUCCACUUACCAAGGCGAACGGGCAUACCAACAUGGCGGAGUGACGGGACUCUCACAGUACUAGAGUGUUGUUGGAACGGGAGCUAGGCCUAUGCUGAGCUUAGUUCAUCAGCAUUUUAAAUCUGGGUAAAUAUAAAAAAAGAACAAACAUGGAUGCCCGUUUUCCACUGUUACAACUGAAGCACCAUGGUGUGAGAGCAACAGGAGAGAAUCAAAUCAAUCACAAGAGUGAAAAAGAGGGAAGAAAAAAGCUGGACAGGAAGAGAGAACGAGAGGGUGGAGGGAGAACCCCCCCCCACACUCGCUAACGACAUGAAGAGGAGAGGAGAGGCAGCGUAAGAGGAGGAGGAGGAGGAGACGACGUGGGAGAAAACGAGAUCUUCGAUCCAAUACUCCGCUGAGUGGAGGAGCCUCCUGGGGAGCAGGGGCCCCUACCCACCUCCUCUCUCUCCCCAGACAGCAGCCGUCACCCGGGGCCUCGUCUGCCCACCACAGAGACGGAGAAGACGAAGUUCUCAAAAAAUCAUCCUGUUCAACGCUUGCUCUGUCGUCUCCAAGAGCGGAGAGAAGGGGGACAAAAAAAGGAAAAAAAAAAACGCUUUCAAGCAGCCUAUUUUGGGGAAAAUUUUCCCCUCAAAGUUGAAGUCAGAGUUCAGAUACUGUGACGGAAUAUCUUUUUUUGUUUUUUUCUGAGAAGAUUUACACUGAGUGUUGGUGUUCAUCUCAAACAGUGCAGUGAGCCGCUGAAGAAAUGACUCAACUUUGAGGAAAGUUUUCUACAUAAAGUCUGUUGUAAAGAGGUUCUGACAUGGAGAGCCUGUGAUAUUCACUUGCUUUCUGAUGGAGUCUCUCUUUUUAGGUGAUUCACAAAGGAAAGGGGUAGUCUAACGAAUGGCUUUGGGAUUUUAAAGGAAUCGGUUUGUGUCUGGAGAACCAAGAUGGAAGGGCUGAGAGAUCUGCAGUUAUCU